AUGUCAUUAGAGGAGUUUCUUGGAGAUGAAUCCCUAGGAGACUCCGUUUGGGAUGAAAGUGAUAUUAAUUUAGAUGCUAUCUCAAAUACUACAAAUAUCGAUUUGUUUAGACAAGCAAGAAAUAAUAAAUCUAAUGACGCUAGAGGUCAUAAUCCAUCUCAUAACAAUUAUCAUAGAGAUCCAUAUGCAUUUAAUGAAAUGAAUGAUAUUAAUAAUAAUAAUAACGAUAAUAAUAAUAUGAUGCCAGGUCCACCAUACAUUGUAAAAUUUUCUAAUUUACCACCAAGAUUUUCAAAUCGUGAUAUUGAAGAAUUAUUUCAAGCUAAAUAUACAAAAUUUAUUAAAUUUAAAUUAUUUUGGGAAUUAAAUAUAAAUCCAUCGAUUGAAACUAUGAAGAAUGGUUCCGAAUUUGAACAGAAUUUUAAACAUGAUUCAAAAGUUGCAUUUGUGGAAUUAUAUACAGCAAGAGAUUUACAAAAAAUUGUUUCAUUUUGGAAAGAACCAUUAAGAGAUAUUUAUAAUAUUAAUACGGAAAUUGCAAUUUUUGAAAAUUUUAAAGAAUAUAUUUCAAAGACAGAUUUAUUAAAAAAUGAUCCACAAAUCGAUGCUUCAAGACCUUAUGUUGAACAUAAACGUAAACCAAAUCCUUUUGGUUCAGCAAAACCUGCUGAUACUCAAUCAGUAACACUUGAAAUUGAAAAAAAGAUGGAUGAAUUACAUAUUGAAGACACUACUACAUUAAGAAGAUUAUCACAAAAUGAAGGGGAUUCUGCACCUUUAGCAUCUUUAGUUAGACAACAAAAUGCAUUUCAUAACAAUGAAACUUUAGAUACUUCAACAUCUGCUGAAAAACCAAAAAUUACUAUAUUAAAGAAACCAACUUUAAGUUAUUCUGAAGUAUUACAAAAAUCUGUUGAGGAGACAAAAAGGAAUCGUUCAACUUCUCCAGCACAAGCUUAUAAUCAUUCAACAGAAUCAUCUCCUGUAACAAAUACCAAUUUAAUCAACACAGCUAUAGAUGAUGACGAAACACAAAUCACUACAGGUGAUAACUCUAAUACCAUUAAUAACAAUGAUAAUAAUAACAGUAACAAUGAUAAUAACGACAAUGAUGGAGAAAACGAUGAUGUCGAUGACGGCGAUGUAUCGACAAAAACAGAAUCUGAUAAUAAUGAAAAUGGAAUGGAAACAUCAGACUCUUCCCAAUUUAAAUUUAAGAACAACGAUAGAGAAGGUAGUAACAGUUCAUAUAAAAACAGAAGAGGAGGUUACAAUAAUAGAGAUAGAAAUAACAAUAGAGGAGGUUACCAUAACAACCGUGGAGGUUAUAACAAUGAGAGAGGUGGAAGGGGAGGUUAUAAGUCAUACUCUAGUUGUAACAACAACUAUAACAAAGGAUCAAGAUACUCAAGAGAUAAAAAAGAUGAUGAAUCAUCUUACGAGAGAAAAGAAAGAACUGAGAAGACUGAGACUCAAAGUUAUUCCCUUUUCAAACCUGCUAGUAGUUUCUUGCAAAAUGAAAAUUCAUCAAAUAACAAUGGUAAAUCAUUUAAUAAUGACCAUCAUGGCUAUAAUAAUAAUAAUCGUGGCAAUGACCGUGGUCGCGGUCGCGGUCGUGGUGGUCGAGGAGACAGAGGUCGUGGCCGUGGUGGAUUCAACCGUGGUGGUCAAUCAAAUUUCAGAAAUCAGUCAGAUGCAUAA